AUGGAUGAGCUGGAUGAAACCCAGAUGAAGAACCAAGUGGAAAGUCUCAAAUAUCAACAUCAGAUAACAAGAGAAAAAACAUCUGUUACAAUCCCAGAGCUGGUCAAAUGGGUGGAGGAGACCAUGACUGAGGAUCCUUUCCUAAACUCAGAGCUGAUGAAGGACAACCCAUGGGUGGAGACAGGGAAAUGUGUGGUCCUAUAG